AUGAUCGGAGACAUAAAUCUCUUUCUCCGGGUAGAUGACGGCGAAGAAGGUGUCUCGGCGCCGCAGAUCCUCGGGGAGAUCGAGCUGAUGAUUGCAGAGAAGACGAACCAGCGUAAAGGGUUCGGGAGGGCGACUCUGCUUACUUUCCUUCGGUAUAUCGCCGAGCAUGAAUCGGAGAUUCUGGAUGAAUUUGUGCGUGGUGAUCGUGCUGCGUCAGAAGCGAUGAAAAGAGCAGGGAUGGAGAUGGGGAUGACUGAAGAUGCGUCGUGGAAGUUUGCCGGUCUGAGUGUGAAGAUUGGACAGACGAAUGGACGCAGUCUGGCUUUGUUUGAGGGCGCGAGGUUCAGGAAGGUGGCGGCGGAGCCGAAUUAUUUUGGGGAGUUUGAGUUGAGACGGACGGAGUUGGAAAGGGAAACGGUGGAUGAGGAGUUGGAGAGGGCUGGAGUGCGUGGGUACGUGGAGUUGGCUUAUGCAAGGAAUGAAUUGUGA